CCGUCGUCCCACUGUGCGAGCAUAGGUGUUGCGGAGCUUGUCCCCUCUGCUCGCCACCCAGUGACGCCUCACUCGCUGCGAUUGCUUCCCGGGUCACAGGUUACAGAUUUAGAGCGCUCGCCCCGGCGGGCUGACGUCCCGGCCCAUGACGGGGGCGCUGGGGGAGGCCCGCGCCAACAGCGCCGUGGGGGCCGAGGCUCUGGCCCUUGCCGAAAGCAGUGCGGCUUCUGGGGCACCAGGGGAGCCAGUGGAGCCCUCGGUGACAGCGUCCCGAGUAGGCCGACUGCUGCUCCAGCGACUGCGCAAGAGCCAGUCCACCACCGUGCUGUACGGCGAGCCCGAGAAUGCGCUGGAGCAGCUGCAGCUGCACGAUGGCGGCAACUCCUUCUUCCCGCAGCUCGACGGCGGCGGCACGCAGAGACAGCAAGCUGAGCGAGACGCGCAUGCUGCAGUUCCAGUGGGGCGCGCACCAGCUGGCCAACAAGAUAUUUGCGGAGGUGGUGCUGCAGCACUACCAGGACGGGGACAUUGUGUGGGUGCAGGACUACCACCUCAUGCUGCUGCCCGCGAUACUCAAGGAGACCAAGCCGCGCAUGAAGGUCAGAGGCGCUGGAGACGCCAGAGGUGAAGGCCAACAUCGCGCAGCUGCUCAACAGGUAUGCGGGGCGCAAGGUGAUGCUGGGGGUGGACCGGCUGGACAUGAUCAAGGGCAUCCCGCAGAAGCUGCUGGCGUUUGAGAAGUUCCUGGAGGAGCACCCCGAGUGGCGGGACAAGGUGCUGCUGGUGCAGAUUGCGGUGCCGUCCCGCACCGACGUGCCAGAGUACCAGCGGCUGCGCAGCAUGGUGCACGAGGUGGUGGGGCGCAUCAACGGGCAGUACGGCACCCUCACCCACGUGCCCAUCUACCACCUGGACAGGCAGCUCAGCUUCAACGAGCUGGUGGCGCUGUAUGCCAUCACAGACGUGGCCCUGGUGACCUCCCUGAGGGACGGAAUGAACCUGGUGUCUUACGAGUAUGUGGCCUGCCAGCGAGACAACGCGGGCGUGCUCAUCCUGUCUGAGUUUGCGGGGGCUGCGCAGUCCCUAGGCGCCGGCGCCAUCCUGGUCAACCCGUGGAACAUCAACGACCUCUCCCAGGCCAUCGAGUACGCGCUGAUGAUGAGCGAUACAGAGCGGCGGGAGCGGCACCGGCAGAACUACAUGCACGUGACGAUACACACGGCCCAGACCUGGGCCGACACCUUCAUCUCUGAACUCAACGACACGCACGUUGAGGCGGAGCUGCGCACGCGCAACAUCCCGCCCGCGCUGGACAUGGAGGCCACCGUGGGCUGCUACAAGCGCAGCCGCCGGCGCCUGCUGGUGCUGGGCUACAACGCCACGCUGACCACGGCGGUGGAGGCGCCGCGCCAGCCCAAGAAGCACUUUGACCAGAUUCAGGCGCUGACACGGGUCAACCCCGCCGCCUACUCCUGCCUGGCCGCGCUCAGCCAGAACUCGCUGGUUGACAUCGUUGUGAUCAGCGGCGGCGAGAAGCACCGGCUGGAGGAGGUCUUCUCCGACCUGCACAUCUGGCUGGCGGCCGAGAACGGCGCCGCCAUCCGGCCGCCGGGCAGCAAGGAGUGGGUGACGCUGAUGGACGCGGGCAGCGGGGAGUGGAAGGAGAGCGUACAGCUAGUGUUUGAGUACUUUUGCGAGCGCACGCCCCGCUCGUUUGUGGAGCAGCGCGGCACCUCUCUUGUCUGGAACUACAAAUACGCGGACGUGGAGUUCGGGCGCAUCCAGGCCCGCGACCUGCUGCAGCACCUGCUGACGGGGCCCAUCAGCAACGCGCCCGUAGAUAUCGUGCGGGGCAGCAAGAGCGUGGAGGUGCGGCCCGUGGGCGUGUCCAAGGGCGCCUCCAUGGAGCGCAUCCUGCAGUACAUGGCGGGCUACGACGGCCCCGCGGAGACCGACUUUGUGUUUGUGGGGGGGCACUUCCUGGCGCGCGACGAAAACGUGUUCACUCUCUUCGAGGGGCAGGAGCCGGGGGCGGGAGGGGCGGCCGCCGCGCAGCAGCAGGUGCGGGGUGGGGGUGGCAAGGUGGAGGUGGGAGCGGGGUCUUGGCAGCCGCGAGCGCAGCCGCCUUGCGCCCCGCUGCUGCGCCGCGCUUGGUCUGCGCUUGCCCCAAGCAAUGUGGUGUUCUUCACAUCAUUUGCCACGUCAUGCCACCCUGCCGUCGCACCUUGCCACACGCUGCGCGUGCUGCGCCGCGCUGCCCCACGCUGUGCAGGCCGACGCCCUGCUCACAACGCUGCUGACCCACGACAUCGACCACCUCCCCUCUGCCAUCACACCCGGCAGCAGGGCCCGCUCAGCCAGCCUCACCGCCUCCAGCAGCAACCUGGCUGCGCUGCCAGAGGGGCAGGUGACAGAUGGAGGCGCAGAGGUGGCGCUCGGCGGCGCCGCGGCCGCCGCGGCUGCGGUAGCGGUGCAGCAGCAGGCUGA